AAUGUAUAAUAGUGCUGACGAAGAUAUAGACAGUACGUUUCAUACGAAUAUCGUUGUUUAUCCAAGUGGACUAUGUCAAUGGGUUCCUCCUGGAUUAUUUCUCUCAACUUGUAAAAUUGAUAUAAAGUGGUUCCCUUUUGAUGAUCAAAAGUGCACAAUGAAAUUUGGCUCAUGGACCUACGAUAGCAGUGGAAUAAAUCUCCUGCUUCUUAGGGAAACCGGAGAUACAGCCGAUUUUAUUCCAAACGGCGAAUGGGAAUUGAUCGUACUGUCAUUAGUAAUGUUUGCUAUGCCUUCCGAAGCCGGCGAAAAGAUAACGUGUGGGGUUACCGUUCUUUUAUCCUUGACCGUUUUCCUGCUACUCGUCGCCGAAACAAUGCCACCGACCAGCGACGCCGUCCCUUUAAUAGGGCUCUAUUUUGCUUGCAUAAUGCUUAUGUGCAGUAUGUCGGUAGUUUUUACAGUUCUUGUAUUAAACUACCAUCAUCGAUCCCCGAAUACUCAUCAAAUGCCAAAUUGGGUAAAAACUGGCAUUUGUGAAUGGCUUGCUUGGUUCCUAAGAAUAAAACGUCCUGGAAGAGAAAUGAAACGUCGAAAAUUACUUCAAAAUGCUAAAAUGAGAGAUUUGGAAUUAAAGGAACGUUCUUCCCGAUCUCUUCUAGCCAACGUCCUCGAUUUAGAUGAUGACUUCCGAUUCGUACGUCCCAAUCAGACUCGAACUUAUGAAACGUUAAUUAGUAGUAACGGAGGUUGUAAUGCCGCUUUUAGGACAGCUUUACCCAAGAACGAAUUGGCUGAAAUUUUGAAGGAAUUGAAGACUUUAACUAGUAAAAUAAAAAAGGAUGAAGAAUUUGAAGAGGAAGAAAAUGAUUGGAAAUUUGCUGCUAUGGUGAUUGAUAGAUUGUGUUUGUGGAUGUUUACUUUGUUUACUAUUGGUUCUACAGAACGAAAGAAAAGAUUAAAGGAAUUUGCUGUUGAGAAUAUAUCGGACGAUUGCAUCGUCCGAUAUCCAGGUAGCAUUAACGGAGAACAAUUCAUUUUAAAAAAUAUUAAGAAUUGUAACGUCUACAUUUUGGAUCAUAUUUCACAUUUAUCACUGGAAGAAUGCGAUUCCUGCAGAUUAUUUGUGGGUGCCGUUAAAUAUAGUGUACUCUGCCGAAACUGCCAAAAUAUUAAAUUAAUGGUUGCCUGUCAGCAGUUUAAAGCAAAAAAUUGCAGGGAACUAGAACUUUUACUUUGUUCAACAACGCCACCUGUUAUCGAAUCAUCUCCAGCAACAAAAUUUGGAUGUUUGCAAGCUUAUUACCCUAACUUGGAAGAUCAUAUGAGAGAAGCUAAUAUAAAUGUAUAUAAUAAUAACUGGGAUAGAGUAAAUGAAGAUAGUGGGGAUCUUAGUUACUCUUUGAUGUAUUCAGACGAUAUGAAGGAUUGUAGUCGAUACGUUCCUUUGCCGCCUGAAGAGGUCUUAUCCAAAGUGGAGCCUCAUUGCCUACUAGUUUUAACAAGAGAAUUUAUUAUGCAAUCGUCCGACACCAAAAAAAUGUUCUCUUCAAGUCACUAUGACAUGGCUGCCAGUCAAGGACCUGUAAUUGGAUUAGAAUAUAAUGGUAAAGAUUCUAUAAAACAUUGCCAGGAAAUUCUAAUAGACGUUAGUCGCGGUUCUACGGGUUUAGUUUACUUUAGUACGAAUCCAAAAACAGCUGCCUACCAAAUCGAACUCUUUUAUAGCUUCGCUAAUAUGCAGAUUUAA